UAUGAAUAGUUUAUAUAAAAUAUAUUUAAGAUACCAAGCUCUCAUACGUGCCUUUAAAUCUACUAAAUUAUAUUCUUAGAUAUGCCUAAUUUAAAUCAGAAUAAGAAGACUAAAAGCUCAACAGAGUUUUGAGUUGGGCAGAAUUUUAUGGGCAAUACAUUUUAUCAACAUUAUUCUUAUUGUGGAUUGCUACUAAAAGUGAAGAAAAUAUUAACAUCAUAAACUCUAUUAUAAAAGAUU